AUGAAUUCCAGUACUAAUAGUGCAAUUAAAAUUGCUUCAAGAAUGAGUAUCAGAGCAAUGGUCACCUUUCUUUGUGUUUUUGAUUCUUCGUUGAUCUUGUAUGUAACACUGAUUAACAACACACCUUCCAAUACCAAGUUAAUCCAUAAAGAUAUUUGGUAUCCAGUGUAUCCAAUGAUAGAUGUAGCAACCACCAAUGAAUCAAUUGCGUCUUGUGGUAUUCUAAGAGAAUAUAAGCUUAAAAGUCGAAUGAUUGUGUUAGAAAGAAUGAUCAGGUAUCCGAGACAUAGUGCUGUGAGUCUAUUCCUCUUUCGGUAUGCAUCAAUUAGUUUUUGGUUUCUUGUUAGUGUUGAUAUGUAG